AAUAUUUCAUAAUUAUUUUCGACUUACCCACAAUUCCGUGUAUCCAUCGCGCCUGCUUGCCCUGUCUGAACCUGUAAAUUGAACAAUAUUAUGGAUGUUUGAUGCUGUAUAAGUGAAUUAUGGUUGAUGGAAUCAUGACCUAGAACAUUGAGGCACAGCAUCAGUGGAAGAAUGGCUUCUAAACCAGGUGAUUCCGACGCUGGUUCAUUGACUCCGUCGGAGCCCAGUGAUGGGGAUGAUCGGAGUGACCGGGAUUCAGAUUACGAGAGUGACGAGGAAGAGGAGCACAGUGAGAAACUGAACAUACAAUGGACGGGAUAUGCCAGAAGAACCCCUGUCAUUCUCUUCUGUCCAGAGGCCAUGCUGGCAAAAAAAGGACCAAAGAAGACUGUUGGAGAGAGGUACCACAUGACGUACAAGUUUGGAAGCUCGGAAUGUAAAAUUGUCCGAAACAUCUUCAACUACCAUGGAUUACACGAGGUUCAUCCCAACAGUUCUGAUUUUAACAUCAUCUGGACAGGAGGCCACCUUAAACCAUUCACUUUACGCAGUCUGACAGAGUUUCAGAGAGUAAAUCAUUUCCCUCGUUCCUACGAAAUCACGAGAAAAGACAGACUCUUCAAAAACAUCCAGAGAAUGCAACAAAUUAAAGGUGUGAAACAUUUUGACUUCAUUCCCCAAAGCUACAUACUACCCAGUGAAUAUCAGGAUUUUUGUGCUGCCUUUUUAAGGGAGAAGGGUUUAUGGAUAGUAAAGCCAGUAGCCUCUUCCCGUGGGCGUGGUGUGUUUUUGUGUAAUCAUCCUGAUCAAGUGCCAUUAGAUGAAAACCUGAUUGUAUGUAAAUAUAUAUCCAAUCCACUGUUAAUUGAUGGUUUCAAGUUUGACAUCCGAUUGUACGUGUGUGUGACCUCCUACGACCCACUCUGCAUUUACCUGUUUGAAGAAGGACUUACUAGGUUUGCCACAGUGAGAUAUGAGAAGAGCAACCGGCACAUCAGGAAUCAGUGUAUGCAUCUGACCAACUACAGCGUCAACAAGAAAAGUGAUGACUAUGUCAAGAAUGAUGACCCGGAUGUAGAGGAUUAUGGCAAUAAAUGGUCACUGGGUGCAUUCCUGCGUUACAUCAGGUCAAGGGGCAGGGACACAGCAGCUCUGAUGAUGAGGAUUGAGGAUGUGAUCAUCAAGACGAUCGUCUCUGUGGAGGUUCCAGUAGCUACUGCCUGUAAAAUGUUCAUGCCAUUUCGAGGAAACUGUUUUGAAUUAUAUGGGUUUGAUAUUUUAGUCGAUGAUAACCUAAAGCCAUGGGUGCUAGAGGUCAAUCUGUCCCCAUCCCUUGCAUGUGAUUCCCCAUUAGACUCCAAGAUUAAAACAAAUAUGAUGUGUGAUGUGUUCAGUCUCUCAGGCGUAGUCUGUCAUGAUCCGAUGAUGAGAACUCUACAGCAAAGUCGACGCAAUCAAGAAGUCACUGCCAAAAUAGCUGCACGUGCCAAGAAAGAGCGGACCAUACAUGAAAAGAUCUCGUCUGCUCGAUAUAGACCCUCUUCUGCAUCAUCAGUGAAACAGAGGCCCCAGUCUGCGGGAAGUUCAUCUGGAAGUCGACCAGGAAAUCCUCAGCCACGUGGCAUGGCUGGCCUAAACAGCGAGGAGAUCAAGAUUUUGCGACGCCUGAAAGAGGAGGACCAGCGGAAGGGGGGCUGGGUCCGGAUAUUCCCUACCCCUGACUCCUGGGAUCUUUACUCCGCAUUUCUCCAGUUUUCAACAACUCACAACUUGAUGGUGCACAGUCGACUCUAUCCAGAAAGACAUAAAGGAGGCUCUCAGCAUGCGAAAAGUGUGGCAUCGACAUCAACAGGUCAAAGGGCAAAGAUAAGUCCCAGCUUCAGAACCAAGAAAUCCAAACUUGUGAAACAUACAGUGAGUGCUUAUGCAUCUAUUGGAGGAUCUAUGAAGUCAGACCCAGAGUUUGCUGAGUGUUAUGCCCAAGCAAUCAACAGGACAAAACAGUAUGAGAGAAAACUGGGAACAGCAAGGAGAGGAAAAAGGAAAAAUAAACGAAAAGGGAAAGGGAGGCCUAAGCUAGCUCAGGGUGUUGUUGAAGACAAUGAUGAAGUUGAGGAUAAAGCUGAAGAAUCUGAUGAGGAAAAUGAUGAAGAGAAAGAGGAAAAGCAGAAGGAAUCUCGGAGCUCCUCGCCAGUGGAGGAGGAGAAAAAUAAAGUGGAGGUAGAGGUGGAUGUUGUGACAGAUGGGGAUGAGAUCCCUCAGGAAAAAUCCACAGCACAGAAUGAUCCAAAACCAGAACAGGACAAGCCUCCCAAACCCCAACGAGUCCAGGUGAAAUUGCCGCUUAAGAAGGCACAGGAGAAUCCCUCCGAGGAGAAACCUGAGGCUCCCCCCAAACUCCCAUCCCCUCCUCCAGAACCCAAGUAUAAUGUGGUAGAACUGUUACAGAAAGGCAGGACACUUAGUAAAUGUCAGGCCAGAGGAGCGUUUGCAAUGUAUCUCGUGCGGGUUCAGCAACGCUUGAUAUUGGAGGCAGGACCAUCCAAUCAGGAUGACUCGGAUGCUCUCAAUGAACAAAUGGACCUAGUGUUGAGGUUUCUGAAGAGGGCAGCAGUGAAUCUCCAACAGCCAUUUAAGGUGGUAGUUCCCAGUCGGAAACUCCCUCUUGCAGACAGGAGAAGGAUACUUGCCAAACAGCUCGGAGAUUUUGUCCAUAUCUACAACAAAGAGACCGAGCAGUUGAAUUUGAAGCGUCAACAGGAGAGACAGCAGGGUAAGAUUGCAGAGGUCCACCCCACAACUGCAGAGGCGGAGUCCCAGGUUGUGUGUGAGGAAAAGUUUGACAAGUUCGUCAAUAUCGCCAGUGAAGGAGAGUUGGAGGAAGUCCUGACAACCUACACAAAGAUAAACAAAUCAGCUAGCAUAUUUCUGGGAGGUCAUCCCAAGAAUUCUGUCACUGAUAAUAAUGGUCAGUCUCGUCCUGCCUCAACAUUUCAACACUCUAGACCUCCCUCUGGAUGCCCCACUCGUUCCUCCAAUGCUGUCCCCAACCGGCCGCCCAUCUCUAGACAGAGCUCCAUACUACAAAACAGGCCAGGCUCUGGGAACUUGGCUCGGUCAGCUAACACGUCAACUUCUGAUUCAAAUGUUGGGAAGAAAAAAGACAGCGAGGAGACAAUUGAAGUGACGCCUAAAACGAUAAAUGGCUGGGAAGACACGCCUAAGUUUGCUAGCGAGAGUAGCAUAACCACAACCACCACAACGAACACUCGAUCUACCGCUCAGAUUGGCGAGCCACCACAUUCACGCGUGUACCACACACCUUCUCAAUCCUCAUAUGCUAAUGCUGUGCAGGUAUACACACAGAAACUAACCUCCAACCGACCCCGGUCAGCGACCUCUGGUGGACACAGGACAGCUCCACCUCCCAUACCUUCUGUAGACCCCCCUUCAGAGGAUUACAUACAUAUUCCCACACCUACAAACUAUAUACCUGUGCCAGGUGUUAUGACCAAGCCUUUCACCCGACCUAUGUCCGCCCUGAACCGUCCAUCGUCAGCCAACCCUUAUGCUACAACUAACCCAACUGUUGAUUCCUACAAUGACCAGGCAAUCCAUGAUGCUCUUCAGAGACUGGCUCUCCGCCAACAGGCACGGCAGUACUCGGCCUUUAACGGGACUAGUAUGAUUAACGAGGAGGUGCGCAGCUCGUCCUCUCAGAGAAUUGGGCAGGGUGACGUCCCCCAGUAUGGCAGUACUUCUUCAUUAGUAGAUGCUACAUACACAGUCAACAAACCCGGUAGCUAUGAUAAAGAGGUUCCUUCUAACUCUGGGUAUAUUGGCACUGGAGGGGACAGGGUGCAGACAAAUACACCGGUGUACACAGAACAAUCCAGGGGUGAUCAUUACUCCAGACCCACAGAAAGUCUCAAAUAUAACUCAUCAAAUGUGAUCACAGAGGAUUUAAGAAACAGGCCCCCUUCUGGUCAAGGUCGUAGAAGGAUGGAGGUGAAAUCGGCCCCAGGGUCAAGGAAACCUGUCCAAUCAAAUGUGAACCUACGAAGUGCCAAUGCAACUUUUAAUAGUUUUAUUGAAGACUCUAGUGGAACGACCUGGCAAAAUGACCUUGCAAGUGCUUAUAACCAGGUCACAGGAGUGUUGCCUAGCAACUAUCACACAGCAUCUCAGUCUAGUAAACAAUUUCAAUUGAUGCAACAGCAGGCUGCUCUGAAACAGCAGAGUAAAGUCAUGUUGGAGCAGAGCAAAGCCAAACACCAGGCCAUGAUUGCUCAAGCUCAUGCGGUGCAGAAGUCCGUCCAACAACAGCAACAGAAGCUGGACCAGGACAUAGAGAGCACCAUACAGAAGUACGCCCCCAAACCCCCGGUCCAGCCCCCACACUCUAGGAAACUGCCCAGCUCACACAGGGUCCAAAGGUCUGCAGUGCCCGAUGAAUCUUUAAAUUUCAAUUUCUACAACAGCUUGCAGUUUGACCAACACACCGGGCGCACUAGAUCUACUCCAGGUACCCUACACACACUAUCACCACCUCUUAGUUUUACUAAUUAAAAUAGACCACAAAAUUGUUUAGGGUGGGGGAGGUUUUGGAUUAUGUAUUUUGUAUACUGAUACAUGUAUACAGGGUACUUUAUGAGGAAUGGCUUCGAUAUUGAUUUAAUGCCAAUCCAUUGGUAGGACAAUUCCAUUAUCAGUCAGGGCAUUUUUUUUUUUAACAAAAUGAUUGAGAAAUAUGUUUGUGAUGAAUAUCAACAAACAAGUUUCAUUAUAAGAGCAAUUUGGAUAACUGUUCUAAAGAAUUUCCAAACUCCAAAACUUGUGUUUUCCCAAUAUUGUGUGAAGUAUACCAUAUUUUUUAUUGGAAAUAUAAAUUACUACAAAACAAUGCUUAUCAAAUUGUACCAAACAGAUCAAAUCCCCUUUAUGAUUUAAUCGGAAAUUAAUGCUUUGUUAUCAAUUUUAUUUUCUCUAUUUGAUUUAUAUACAUGUAUGUGUGUAAACACUUCCUGAUACCAGCCAGCAAUGAUGUAACACUGACUGUGUACUAAUACUCACUUCAUAAGUUACUUGUAUUACAAUGAGUUCAGAUUCUAUACUAAAUUCAUGAUUAUCCUUGGUAAAAUAGAUUUCAAUAAUAAAGUAUUAUAUGCAUGACGUAGAGGCUUGUAUCAUAUGCUCUGUGUAGCUUGAGCAGAUAUUGUAGAUGCUUAUUAGAAUAUAUAUGUAUAUAUAUUUAUAGACCAGUUUUAUGUGAAAUUCGUGAAAAUUCUUGGAGAUGAUGAAAAGUUUUUAUUGCUUACUAUACACAUACCUGUGUUAAACUGACAUGAUUGCCUUUGCAGGGUAUUGAGUCUUCAACCUCUGGAGCAGAUCCUAGAUUUAUACUUUCCUAAAAAUAGAUGAACUGAUAAAUAAAAGAAUCAAGGAAGUUUUGAAGAAGACUGGCUUUGGUUUUGGCUCUGUUGUAUGUUAUACAUAUACUUAUAAUAUCAAAAAUAUACAGUUUGUGUGAUUUAGGGUAUAAAAUAGAGACUUUAUGUGGAAAACUUGAUAAAGCUAUUUUUUGUAUGUUUGUGCACAAUAUAUUGCCUGGGUUUUAUGUGGAAAGUUAUUAUGUAAUAUAUGAGUGAGAAUUGAAGGUAGUGUGAUUUAGAUAUUUUAUUUAUCAAAACAAAGCCGUCCAUAUUGUUGACAUAAUUAUGUUGUCUUGUGUAUCAAUUUUAUUUAUUGAGAGAUUCAGAAAUGUGGUUUGAACUAUAUAUAUAUAUAUGGUAGUAAAUGUAACUUGAGGAAAUGUAUUUUCUCAUGGAAAUGCUGCCCAAGUCGAAAAGCAAAGAACAUUGUGCAAGAGAGACUAUUUUCUGCCCCAUUUAUAACAUUUUGAGAUGGAAAUUUAUAUAUAAUUUCCAUGUGAAACUUUAGAAUAUUACAUUGAUUCAAAGCAGUAUAAAUUCAUUGCUAUUGUGAUGUCUCAUAUAGUUUAUAUGAUGACUUGAAAGUGAUGUAAUUUUCUAUUUGUUACAAUAUUUCAGUAAAAAUGUUUCCUUGUUGAUUUUUUUUGGGGAAUCAUAUAUAGCCUGAGCUUGAUAGACGCCGUUUUACACUAUAAUGAGAGAAACGUUUAAUUAAUGAUAUUGGUGUCUAAUGAUGCCCGAGCUGUGAUUUUUCUAAUCAAAAUGUGGGUAAUAUUUGGGACUAUUUUAGAGAAAUCAAUGAAAAUCUAUUCAUUUUGUGACGUCAUAGAAGAGUCAUAAACAAACAUUGUUAUCAACACCUAUGCAUGUUACAGACAGUUUAUUAGAUUGUUAAAUCAUUUGAAAUUUAUGUUUUCAGGGGCAGAUAUUAGUAAUGUACCAAAUAUAGUCUUUUGAUUCUUUGUCGUAGAUUGAAAUAAUGUAUGUGUCUUUGUAGUAAGUGAAAUAACUUAUUCUAAGGUUAAACCAAGGAAAUAGAAUGGUAUGACAUGGCAGGGUUUUUAUUAUGCACGGAAAUAUCUUCAAAUCAUAAAUAAAUCAUAUUUAUUAUGUCAAACUGAAAACAGGUUUAAUUUUAUCAAUUAACUUUGAUAUUUUAAUCAGAUGCAUUCUAAUUCAUACAAAGAAUAUCUUGUUUGUUGCUUAAAAAGUACAUGCAUAUUUUAUUGUCUAGCUGGGUUUUUUUAUGAUGUUAUAUAACAACUGUGAUAAUCUUAUUUUGUUCUUUUUUUAUUGUUUUUUUUUUUUUUUUGAUUGUAUUUUUUUUUAAGUCUCAAUGCUCCUGAUUGGUGGGGAUUUUAUUUACUUAGUCACUUGUAAGCAUGCUAUGAAAACUUUCUUAGGAUUUAUCUUAAGUCAUUAUUUAAGUCAUAUUAAAGUCAUUUUCCAAAUCAACAAUAAGUUGAUUCUUCCAUUUUAAACGUAACUUCAAGUCAAGUCUGUAGCCAUCCUAAAAUUUGAUUAUUUUUUAUCAUUGAAGAUUCAUCUAUUUGAUUUAUAUAUUAAUUGAAACUGUUUAGACUGUUGAGGCCAACCUUUGAUGCACCAUAUUCCUAGGGAUAGCAUGUCUACAGUUAUUUUUGUUUACAAAAUAAUUUGAAAUCUACGACUUGUACAAACAGAAGUAGAUUUUAAGGGGCUACAUUGCAGCCCUCUUCAAGGAGUCCCUUCAUUCUGUUUUUUAUCUGUUAAUUAUUUUAAUUGGAUGCCUUUAGAUAUCUUUUUGAAAAUUAUUUUAUUACAUAUAUACAGCAUUAAUAUAAUUUAUUUCUGUGGUCUUGUAUUUUGAAAAUUUUGCCUUCAGAGUAUGAAUCUGAAUUUUUUCUUGGUUCAUUCCAGCAUUACUGAUGAUUAAGAAUUGGUGACUUAUAAGAGAUAGAGGGAGAGAGAGAGAGAGAGGGGGGGGGGGGGGGAGAGCAGUAUUAGUUAGCAUUGUCUGAGGACUACAAGGACUAGCCACUUUUAGAAUAUUAAGUUCUACAAGUUUACAGUACCUUGCUAGAAUCAAAUACCGGUAUAUAGCUACAUGUAUAUGUAUAUAUCGGUUCAAAAUUGAAUAGAUCUUACAAAUUUUACAGUCUUUCAUGUCACAAAAAGUGAUUGAGGCUCUAUUGUUUUUAUGUUUUAAUAGAAAUAUCACACAUUUUCAUUAUCAUUAAGUCAUUGACAUUAAAAUCUUAUAGUUAUUAAAGAUCAGCUUUCAAAAAUAACGAAGUUUUAUGUAAUAUCAUAAAUUGUUACUAAAACGCGAGUUCAACAAAUUUAUGUUUGUUCUGCAUAUAAAUAUGAUCUGGUUGCAUGUCAUUCUGGGCCAUGCCUAUAUCACAAGGUGUUGGAAUUGCAAUUAAAAUGUUCAAUUUAUUAAAAUGUAGGCAUUAAUUAAAGCAUUUGCUUUGUACUUUUAUUGAGAUUGUGGUUUAUCGCCCAAAAGAGUGACAUAAAUUUAUAUUGAAAUAGCAGGUUUCUGGUGUUAAUAGGAAACCAAGAGUGAUUUACUGCUACAAGGUGUUUUCUAGAUCAAUUGCAUUAUGUGAAUAGAUUCUAUUGGUGCUGAGAAAAAAAACCCCAUUUCCUGCUCAAAUGCUUCUUUAUUGACAAGUUCUGGAGGAUAAUUCUAAUCACAUUCGAUACCUCUAUGUUCUAUAUUCACAUUCCGUAUAAAAAUGUGAUUAAUAAAUUAUUAAAUCUGCA